AUGCCCGGCCGUUCACCUCCACCUUCUCCAUCUCUCGCUGCUGCAGAUGAGGGGGUUAUCAAUUCUGUAACAAUGAGAAGCAGUGGCGGGGAAAUGAGUCUGCCAAGGCGAAACGGUUUUCAUAACAUCCCGUCAACCAUCCACGGAUGCGAUGGACACAGCACCCGCGAACGUCCUGGUGAUACUGAGGUCAAAAGGAGGGGAGAGUUUCACUGGUGGAUUCGCAUGAAUGGGUUCGAUGCCCCGCCGACCAGUUCAUUGAAAACGGAACCGAACAUGGCGAAGACGGGCAACUCCAAUACCAACGCGAGAUUUUGA